AGUCACAAUCCUGAAGAGACAGCCAUUUACGUUCAGUCUGCUGGGCUCACAAACAAUCCAGCUGCACAUUUCUACUCACUCUGUCCCUCUCCUGUGCGUUCCUCCAGCAGUUUGAAACAAGACUACGAGGGGGAGGCAGCUUCCAGCACAGAGAAGUAACCACACAAGAGGACAGCUCAAGAAAAACUUCAACACGCAGCUAUGAAGGACAAAGUGAGGAAAGGAGGAGGAAGAAAUCAGGCCAAGAAUGAUCCAAUCAGCCUGACUGGAAGAAAAGAUGCCGUUGGCAUUAAGCAAGAUGAGGACACAUCGUUCCCUGUGAAGAUCCAGGGAGCAGGAGUAGAGUCAUUUGAGCUGCAGGUCCAUAGAUUUUGGCUUGUUCAAGACGCAGUAAUGACUUUGCUGUCGAAGGAUGAGGUGUGUCCACGCUCCAACCUAUCACUGGCACUUGCCGGUACAACUCUGGACCCCCUUGCAGAACUGCAAAGCCUCAAGGGGCUUAAACCAGGAGCAAUCCUCCGCCUGGUUGAAGAGCCCUAUACUGCCCACUCUGCCAGGCUCCAUCUGGCUCGUGUCCUAGAGCUACUGAGAGCAUUUGGACCUCAGGAUGCACUGAGAGAAGGACGCUCACCAAGCAUUCUGGAGACACUCACACAAACACAAAAAGCAGACUCUGGCUUACUCAGUGGAAAGAACCUUAAACGCUCCUUAAGCAACACAAAAACAGAAUCGGCCAACCAGGAUGGAGCUCCUCCUGAGUACCUCCUCCCUGGUUCCUCAGAGAGACCGCUGAUGGCCUUGCUACCACAAAGCUCCCAGCCGGAGGUCCCCAGCUACCUGAGGGACUUGUCUCUCAGCUGUUGGAACCCACCUCCAGGACACAGGAAGCUGCAGGGAGACUUCCUGUACAUCACCAUGGUGACAAUGGAGGGACGACGGUGUGAUAUCACAUCUUGUCCAAAAGGUUUCUUUCUCAAUAGAUCUACAGAGGAAGUGUUUGAUCCUCGUCCUGCACAGUCUUCCCCAGUUUGCCACUGUUUCACUGACCUACUCUGUCACAUUAGCCCUGCCUUCAAACAGACAUUCACUACUCUCAAAAACAGGCAUCAGUUACCUCCAGUUGAGGUCAUGGCCACUCCUUACCACACCCAGAGCUGGCUGGGGCCUCCAUGUACCUCCCGCAUUCACAAAAACACCUUCAGCAGGCUGGGAGUGGAUGAGCAGCCAGCAACACGGGCUCCAGACUGGAAUGAGGAGUUGCAAGCAGCCAGAGAUCUUCCACAAAGAAGUCUGGAGGAGAGGUUGCAUAGAGACAGAGCUCUGCUCCAGGUAAACAGUGCAUUUGUGAAGGCUGUGACGCAGGGGGCGGAGACUGUGAUCGAUGGCUUUGUGGAGCCAGUCAAUGGAAACCUUGAGGACCCAGCUUUUCUGUGGGGUGGCCUGUUUAUGAGCCAGUGUGCAUCAAGUGCAGUGUUUGGUGGGGACAGGGGCCGCAGGGCGGUUCAGAGACUAGAACUUAAAGGAGUGCAGGCCUACAGUGACCUAGAGGCGCUACAGGGGCUGCACACUCUCCCUACAGCCAUUGUAGACUACAGAGGAGUGCGCUUGUCAGCACAAGGACUGGCUCCUGGUUUAGAAGGCUCAGAGCAGGACCAGGAAACUCCCUCUGCCCCAAGAGGUCUGCUCUAUGGGGUAAAUGCAGGACCCCAGGAAUCCCCCCAACGCAGACAGCUACUGGAGCUCUUAGCUCACAGUGCCAAAGCUCUUUCUCUCCAGAGACACGUUGUUGUGGGAACCAACACUUUCAAGACACCACUGUUCACAUCAGUGGACGCUAAGGGACUGUUGGGAGCUGAUGGAAGGUUCUACAUACUGGAUGUGUUUAGGAGCUUCCCAUCUGAUGCCAACUUCUGUCCUGAAGAAAGCAGUGAAGAAGAUGAGGGAAAGAAGGGCUGUGUAAAAGAAGGUUGGCCGGAGAAUUAUCACACAGACUCUGGGCUUCCACAGAGUUUUCCUCACAGCCUCUGUAGACUGAGGCCAGAGAUGGUGCAGGCCUUCAUCCAGCACAAACAUACCCAGUUCACACAGCAUGUCAGGGAGACACUGGAUGAGAAUGGAGGCUUUGAAGAAUGUGCAACAGCUAGUGACUCUCGGGCCACUAGUGCAGUCCGAGCUGCUUGUAAAGAGGUGGGCUCUUUGAGUGACAUCAUCUUUGAGAUGCGAUUAAAUCCAAACAUCUUUUCCUCAGGAGUGUCAUUCCCUGAUAGUGAAAGUGCGUCAAUAAAGCUGCAGGAGAGGUUACUGAGGGAAGCUGCAGCUUGCAUCAUCACACAUCAGAUACCAGCCUUUGUGGAGUAUUGCUUACAGAGCAAUGAGGCACCAAUGGAUGGAGCUUCUCUAAAACUGGCACUACACCAGAGAGGCAUCAACCUCCGGUAUCUGGGUCAUGUGAUCAAGACCAUCAAUCAGUCAGAGCACAAGGAGCGUCUGAGGCAUAUAACGAGAUUGGUCAUAAGUGAAAUGUUCAUGCGUUCAACAAGGAGAGUAUUCAACAGUUUCCUCCAGGGUGUGGACGUGCCUAGUCUCUCUGCAGCUGUCAGUCAUUUCCUCUGCUGCCUAUUGGUUCCCCACUUCACACCUACUCCUGCAGGAGAAGAGAGUAAAAAGAAGUCAAGGCGGCGUGGCCGAGGGGCUGGGACCUCUGAAGGCACACCCUGGAGCACUCUUACAGGGCCUGAGCUGUGGAACCUGGUCUGCCAGGAUGCUGUUGAAACAUAUAACAUCUCUGACUGCCUUGGCUCUGGCCCAAACCACCUAGUUGAGCACUACAGGCUCCAAAAAGUCUCCUUGCUCAGAGAGUUCUGUUUAAAGACUGGAGUACAGUUGAGGCUGAGAGACUAUUUCUUCGACAACCAAAGCAAAGCUCCCAUUGGUCCUGACGAUGUCCUCAACAUCUUCCCUGUUGUCAAGCACAUUAACAUGUCAACUGUGGAUGCUUCCAAAGCAUAUCGUGCUGCAUGUAGCUCCAUUGAGAAAGGCCUGUUGGAUCAGGCUCAUGAGCGCCUGAAAGAAGCAGCCUACCUGUUUGGUAGGGUGUGUGAUGACCUUCACCCUGAGGCCAGUUAUUGUCACAGCCUAUUGGCCAAGGUGGCCUACCUGCAGGGGAAAGCAGCUGAGGCCCGCAGUGUCCAACUGAAAGCAGUGGUCAUCAGUGAGAGGGUGCUUGGCUUUGACCAUCCCAACACAAUCCAGCAAUAUGCCCUCUUGGCUGUGUAUGUAUAUGCUGGAGGGGAGACCACUCUGGCCCAGAAGUGUCUCCUCAGGGCUCGCCUGCUAAUGCUAACUGUCCAUGGAGAAGACCAUCCCUACAUUGCAACACUGGAUAGCUGUCUUGGUUUGAUGUUGACAGGAGACCAAGCAGGACUGUUUCUAAAGAAUGCACUCAAACUCAACACUUCCUUCUUUGGCCCCACAGAUCUGUGUACUGCUCUCAAUCAGCAUCUGUUGGCCCAGUGGAUGUGCAGCCAGGGGGAUUACAGAAGUGCUAUGAGCCAUGAGAAAGAGGCCCUCACGUCUUUUACCUCCCUGUUUGGCGAGGAUCACGCCCAGACGCGCUGCAGUGCAGAGUUUCUGUGCACAAUCACCAAGCAGGCGGUGAAGGUGGAACGCUCUCUCAGACAGGCUGGAGCUGACAGUACGGAGCAAACAGUGGAGUGUAUAACCCCCACAACUGAAACCAUUGUGGAGCAGAUGGUUCUGGUCACAGGGAUCAGGAAGCUGGGACACAGUGACAGGCUCCAGGAGUAUAAGCAGAAACACCUGGAACUAAAGGCAGCAGUGAGAAAAGAACUGGAAAAGCAAAUGAACGGAGAAGAGAAAAGCGCAAAUCAAGAAACAGGAUGCGGGAAGGAAGUCAAGGACGGAGGAAGCCCAGCAGUGGAAGAGACCUCGGUUGAGAGUGCUACUGUAGUUUCAGCUAAUGGCCAUGUGGUGGAGCCAGCUGAGCAUGAGAAGAAAACAGAAGGAGAUGGAGGUGACAGUGAGCACAGUGACAGAGCAGCUCAGGUUGAGAUAGUGAAUGGUGAGACAGAGAAGGCUGAAGCAGAGGAAAGUGAGACCAGUGGACCAAAUGGAGUAGAGAGCAGCGCAGCCAAUGGGGAGAUGAAGUCUGAUGCAACAGAUGAUGAGAUGAAGUCAGGGUCAGAUGAGGUUAAUGAUGCAGUAAAUGAAGCCUUGGACAGCCCUGCUAGCCCAUCAGUUCUUAAGAGUAAAGCAAGCUGGGCAGAUGUUGUUGUCUCAAAAGCUGUUGUAGCCAAUGGAACAGGAGACGAAGUCACAGCAGUUAAUGGAGUUGCAGAUGUCACUGCCAAUGGAUCAGCUGAACAGUGAGAAUAUGUCAAACAGGAAAACUGUGCUGUAGUGAUGUUUUCUUAAGCCACUGCUGUAAGUAAAAAAAACCUCUCCCAGGAUGCUAGAUGUUAUUUGAUCCAAUGAACAUGAAGCAGAGAACAAGAAAACAGAGUAGGAUGAUCAGUAUUACUAGUAUUACUGGUAUUACUUUGUGUUGAUGCUGGGAGAGGGCUGUACUGUUGAGUGCUACUUUUUCAACAAUAAACUUUUUA